AUGCAGCUUUGGGCAUCUCUGAAGGAACUUGGGUUCUGAGAAAGCAAGUUUUCUAGCAAGGUGACCCUGAGACUUUUUGGACUCACAGUUCCCAAAGGAAGAAGUAGAGGGCUGGCUUCUGGGAACUGUGAUUGGAGCAAGGGGAAACUCAGUAUGGGGCAGGGGCCCUGGUGUUCAUGGCAGGAAAAGAAGGGAGUGGUCAGGGAUGAGCAUCCUAAUGGCUGCAUUAGUACCUCUGGAGAAUAUAGCCUGCACCUCAAGUCCACAAAGAAGGGGAAGGAGAUCAAUAACCAAUCCCUGGAAGACUCUGGAAAGCUGGCAAAAACAGCCAACUGUGACCAGCUGGUGACAAGAAAUACUGUGGGGAGACAUCUCCUUCAGAGAGGAGGAGGUGGCAGCAGAGGAAGAGGCCAGGCCAUCCACCCGGUCAGCAUGGUCCCUGGGUCUGUUGGGAAGAGCAAGAAGGGCAGCUCAUUUCCCUCAUCUUCAUCUUCUGCCGAACAAAGGACAGGACGCCUCCCGAUGCCGAAAGGUCACCUGGGCCGCAGAGGGGCACCACCCCAGCCCCAGCUCACCCCCAAGGGGCCCAGCACCACCAAAGACCCCGAGAUCCAGCUGCUGCAGUUGGAGAGCGAGGAGCUUAGGGGCCAGCUGGGACGUCUUCGGGUCAAUCCCCUUCGCUUCGUGGGCCCGCCAGAGAGUCUGGAAGCUGGAGGACGUGGACUCAGGGAACUGGCCCAAAGAGAGUGGGCUGAGCCCUGUGAGGAAGGGCUCGUCGGGCAGAAGCCUGCUGACGUGGAGCAGCUGCUCAAACAGUCUCAAAGGGAACUGCUUUGGCUACAGAGGCAGCUGGCCUUCGUCUCUACAGGAAGUCCCACCUACCUCCUGCCUCCUCCUGACCAACUCAGAAAUGAUCUGUACUUGCAGCCUGCAGUCCCCCAGAAAGCCUUUGGUCAGUUCCGACUUCUAGAAGAGAGGCCGCAGACUUCCCCAGCCCAUGUACCUGCUCUGAACCCACAUCCUCACCAUUGGAGCCUUGCAGAGCAUGAAUUGAAGGAUGCUGCACAAGGGAAGAGUCGCCUGAGACUUCAGUAUGCUAACCUUUUCCACAAGGCACUGCAGUAUGAGCAGGUAAAAGCAGACUAUGAUUGGCUCAGCCACAUCCUCGCCAUAGUGACCAAAGAACGUGAUUUGGCCGUGAAGGAGAAAUACCAGCUCCAAGCCAAACUGGAGAAUCUAGAGCAGGUCCUAAAGCAUAUGCGAGAGGCCGCGGAACGGCGGCAACAGUUGGAAUUAGAGCAUGAGCAAGCCCUGGCCGUUCUCAACGCAAAGCAGCGGGAAAUUGAACUCCUGCAGAAGGCUCAGGUUGAAGCCAAGAAGGAGCAUGAAGGAGCAGUGCAGCUGCUAGAGACCACCUUGGACAGCAUGCAGUCCAAGGUUCGAGAACUGGAAGAAAAAUGUCGGACCCAAAGUGAGCAGUUCAACCUCCUGUCUAGGGAGCUGGAGAAGUUUCGGCAGCAGGCGGGGAAGAUUGAUCUGUUGAGCAGUAACUCUGUGGUGUCUUUGGAUAUCCCGGGCUCCCCUAACAAGCCUUUCACCCACUUUAUGAAUGGAAUAGCCGCCUCCUUUGGCAAAGGUCAGGACAGUACUUCUGGAAGUCAUUCUGUAAUUGCUGAAUUUAUUCGACCCCGACCACUCGCCAGUGACAAACCUGAACCACUGUCUGUCAAACCUACUUUUCUAUCCAGGUCAAGAUCUGGCAGCGCAGGAUGCAGAUUUGAAUCAGACAUGGAUAAUGAACGGAAUUCCAAUACCUCAAAGCAGAAAUACUCGGGGAAGGUUCAUCUGUGUGUUGCCCGCUACAGUUACAACCCCUUUGAUGGACCAAAUGAAAACCCAGAAGCUGAACUUCCCCUCACAGCAGGAAAAUACCUCUAUGUAUAUGGUGACAUGGAUGAAGAUGGAUUCUAUGAAGGAGAACUACUAGAUGGACAGAGAGGACUGGUCCCUUCCAACUUUGUGGAUUUUGUCCAGGAUAAUGAAUCCCGCUUGGCCAACACACUGGGGAGUGAACAGGAUCACAAUUUUAUCAACCAUUCUGGUGUGGGCUUGGAAGGAGAAAGCAUCCUAGAUCUGAAUUCGCCCACCCAAGGAGACUCCAGCAUCAUCAACGAUGGGGCUGGGACGCUGGAUGUGAACAUUGAUGAGAUUGGAGAAGACAUUGUGCCUUACCCUAGACGAAUCACCCUUAUCAAACAACUAGCCAAAAGUGUUAUUGUGGGCUGGGACCCCCCGGCUGUGCCACCAGGAUGGGGGACAGUGAUCAGCUACAAUGUCCUUGUUGACAACGAGACCCGCAUGAAUCUCACCCUGGGGAGCAGAACUAAAGCCCUGAUUGAAAAGCUGAAUAUUGCAGCCUGCACGUACCGGAUCUCCGUGCAGAGCAUCACAAACCGGGGGAACUCGGACGAGCUCCAGUGCACCUUGCUCGUGGGCAAGGAUGUCAUCGUGGCCCCUUCCCACUUACGGGUGGACCACAUCACUCAGAUUUCAGCUGAGCUCUCCUGGCUCCCAACCAACAGCAAUUACAGCCACGUCAUCUUUCUCAACGAGGAGGAGUUUGACAUCGUCAAGGCCGCAAGGUAUAAGUAUCAGUUUUUUAACCUGAAGCCCAACAUGGCUUACAAGGUGAAGGUUUUGGCGAAACCCCACCAGAUGCCGUGGCAGCUUCCUCUGGAGCAAAGAGAAAAGAAGGAGGCCUUUGUGGAGUUUUCUACUCUGCCAGCAGGUCCUCCAGCUCCACCUCAAGAAGUCACCAUUCAAGCCGGGACCACUCCAGCAACCAUACAGGUCUCCUGGAAACCACCAACUCUCACACCCACUGGGAUGUCCAAUGGAGCCAACGUAUCUGGCUAUGGUGUUUAUGCAAAANGUCCUCAGGUGGCUGAAGUCAUCUUCCCGACAGCUGACAGCACAACGGUGGAGCUGAUGCGCAUCCGGAACCUGGAAGCCAAGGAGGUGACCGUGAGAACACUUUCCACUCAAGGUGAAUCCAUGGACUCCUUAAUAGCUGCCAUUCCACCCGAACUACUGGUGCCUCCAAUCCCACACCCUCGAACUACUCCCAAACCUAAGCCAUUAGCAAGUGCCGGAGCCCCAGAUACCAAAGACGAACAGUCGGGUCCCCACAUCAAAAUGGAUGAGUCUUGGGAGCAGACUCGCUCGGCUGCCCCCACACACGGCCACAUGCUGGAACCUCCAACAUCCAACUUUCCGAGCUCAGCUCCCGGGAGGCGGUCACCCUCACCCAAUCGGAUUCUCCCACAGCCACAGGGCACCCCUGUCCCCAACACUGUGGCCAAAGCCAUGGCCCGGGAAGCUGCGCAACGCAUGGCGGAGAGUAAUCGAUUGGAGAAAAGGAGCCUGUUUGAGGACAGGAGCAGGGCUGGGCAUUAUGCAAACUCCGAUGAGGAGGAAGAAGAUGGCUAUGACUCACCAGACAUCAAAAGGAGAGGAGCUUCGGUGGAUGAUUUUCUGAAGGGUUCUGAGCUUGGCAAACAGUCACACUAUGGUCAUGGAGAGGAAUACCACACAGAGAGCAGCCGGGGCUCCGACCUGUCUGACAUUAUGGAAGAGGAUGAGGAGGAACUUUAUUCAGAAAUGCAGCUGGAGGAUGGGGGCAGGAGACGGUCCAGUGGAACCCCGCACAACACGCUCAAGCUUUUAGGAAACCCAGCGUCUGCCGGACGGACUGAUAGGGUGGAUCACCCGGGUCGAAGGUUAUCACAUGGCAGUGCUGGACCUCAGAGGCCCCGGCCAAUGAUGGUCCCUUCCAUUGAAAUUACAAUGGACAGUAACAGUGAAGGCGGUCGGUCUCGGUCAGGUAGUGAGGGAAAUAUUCCCUCUGUAAAAGAAGAAGCUUAUUGUCGCGGCAUGGGUGGACACAGAAUACAGCCUCUGCAUCGUGCCAUGACCCCUGACCUUAGACACGAUGGUUACUGCAGCCGGGAUCGACUGUCUCCAGACCUGUAUGAGGAAUCUGAAACAGACCCCGGCGCUGAGGACCUUUCAGUCCGAAUAUUUGUCGCUCUCUUUGAUUACGAUCCACAUACGAUGUCUCCCAAUCCUGAUGGAGCAGAAGAAGAGUUACCAUUUAAGGAAGGACAGAUCAUUAAGGUUUAUGGAGACAAAGAUGCUGAUGGCUUCUACCGUGGGGAAACCUGUGCCAGACUCGGCCUUAUACCUUGUAACAUGGUCUCAGAAAUCCAAGCUGACGAUGAAGAAAUGAUGGACCAGCUCCUUAAACAAGGCUUUCUCCCUCUGAAUACCCCCGUGGAGAAAAUAGUCAACUGUGAUCGUUUCAAAGAGAGCGCUCUCUCUGUACAUCGCAGAUCCCGAAAGUCUAAAAGAGAGAGGAACAGACGGAGUGGCCGGCAGCACCCCGUGUCUACAAGAAGAAUGGUCGCUCUCUAUGACUAUGACCCAAGAGAAAGCUCUCCUAAUGUUGAUGUAGAGGCAGAACUCACAUUUUGCACAGGAGACAUUAUUACUGUGUUUGGUGAAAUUGAUGAAGAUGGAUUUUACUAUGGAGAGCUCAAUGGACAAAAGGGCCUGGUUCCUUCAAACUUUCUGGAAGAAGUGCCUGAUGACGUCGAAGUCUACCUUUCGGAUACACCAUCCCGUUAUUCUCAAGAUGCCCCAAUGCGUACCAAGGCUAAAAGGGUUCCUCCUGAGAAUACAGGUACGUCAAGGAGAGCACCAUCCCCCACAGUCCAUCUGCAUUCUGGGUCACCUCCGUCAUCUAUGGGUUCUGGUAGUCCUGGGAGAGGCAGGGAAAGGGCCUCGAAAAAGAAAAAGGGUCUGCUUUCCAAAGGGAAGAAACUUCUGAGAAAACUGGGUGCAGUGAAGUGA